UGGAAACAGAUGCCGGAGUGUCGCAUAAACAGUACCCGAGCACGCGUUCAAUUUCCCGGAGAAAUAACAUUAUUUAACAUUUUGACUCGAGUUAAAAUCAUUGCAGUGUUACGGUUUUGAUUAUAAAUUAAAAUUAUAACGAUACUGGAUUAAAAAGGAAUAAUUUAAGCUCCCAGCAGUGUGUUAUUCAUAACAACAUGGCGGCGUCCUUGAGCAGCACAGGCAGCGUGAGGCUGCUGAAAGCCUUGGCUUGGUCCGGCUCAUUGUGCAGCUCCUCUGGAAGCAGAGCCCUCCACGUCACUGCAGCGUGCUGCAAGAAUCGGGCAGCUCGUGCUCGAGUGGGGAAAGGAGACAGACCUUUGACCUAUGAGGAAGCACUUCCACCUCAUCACAUUGGCCACCGCAAAGGAUGGCUGUCGCAGCAUACGAGUAACCUCAAAGGAGAAGAGGGAGCAGCUGAACGCACCAUAGAGGACGUGUUCAUAAGGCGCUUCAUGUUCGGGACCUUCCACAGCUGCCUGGCCAAUGAGAUUGUGAUCAAAAGGCGCGGCAACAUGCUCGUAGUGUGUGCUUUAAUGUUGCAGAAAUUACCACCGCAGAAGUUUUACUUUUUAAUAGGCUAUUCAGAGUCGUUGCUGUCGCACUUCUACAAAUGCCCUGUGAAGUUAGAGAUUCAGACCCUGCAGGACAAAGCUGUGUACAAGUACCUCUGAUGGAAAUGUGCGGCGCUGAUGCUGAAUGUUUCGUCUAGAGAAAGGAUACCACAAUUUGGAUUUUUGUUCUUGUAUGAAACACUGACUUCAGGUCACAGUGAUGACGUCUUCUGUUUUAAAUGUUCACAAAAUGGAUUCAAAUGUUUUCAGUCGCAGUGCGUUUGUGAAAUGAACUCUCAAAAUUAAAAAUAAUACAAUUGUG